AUGUCCUUGUUUAUACUGUUCAUUAUAGCUUUCUCCUGCUCCAAUCCAAUUGUUGCAGAACCAGCACCUGCUAUGAAGUCAGAGGCAAGUGCACUUCUCCACAGCAAGUGGUGGCCUCCCUCCAUCACUGGCAACACUUCCUUACCUCAUUGCGAGUGGCCCGGGGUAUCUUGUGAGGCCUCCGGGAGCAUCACCAAGAUUCGCUUGAAAACUGAGUACCAAAUAGGAGUUCUUGGAUUGUGUUUCCUAUUUCGAGGUGGCACAAAGAGCAAGCAAUCAGAGACUACACAGAAAAAUGGAGAUUUCUUGUCAAUAUGAAACUAUGACGGGAGGAUUGCAUAUGAAGACAUAAUGAAUGCGACGGAGGACUUUGACAUCAAAUAUUGCAUUGGGACCGGCGGUUAUGGUAGUGUCUAUAGAGCACAAGUGCCCAAUGGAAAAGUGGUGGCACUGAAGAAACUUCAUAGCUUUGAAGCAAAGGACUUGUCCUCCAACAAGAGCUUUCGGAACGAAAUAAAACACUUAAUAGAAGUAAGACAUAGAAGCAUAAUCAAGCUUCACUGUUUCUGCCUACAUAGGCAAUGCAUGUUCUUGAUUUAUGAGUACAUGGAAAAUGGGAGCCUAUUCCGUGCUUUGAGAGAUAAUGUUGAAGCGGUGGAAUUAGAUUGGUCCAAAAGAGUCGAUCUUGUCCAAGAUAUGGCACAUGCUUUGUCUUACGUGCACCAUGACUGCGCUAGGCCAAUGGUUCAUCAAGACAUAUCUACCAACAAUAUCUUACUCAAUAGCAAAAUGCAGGCUUUUGUAUCAGAUUUCGGCACCGCAAGACUUCUCAAUCUUGAUUCCUCGUCUAACCUCACUACAAAUAUCGCUGGCACCUAUGGAUACAUUGCACUAGAGCUUGCAUAUACUUUGGGCGUCAAUGAGAAGUGCGGCGUAUAUAGUUUUGGAGUGGUAGCAAUGGAAAUAAUAAUGGGCGAGCAUCCUGGAGAUAUUUUAUUGAUGUUAUUGACAUCCUGUGGAGAACAUAUCGUGCUACAUAAAAUCUUAGACCCGCAGUUGCCUUUUCCAAGAAAUAACUCCAUUGCAAGAAGUAUUGUUCUGUUUCUCUGGCGCUUGCUUGCUUGA